AUGUGCAACAAAAUGUCAGACGUGCGUCUUUCCAACGCAAGUCCGCCGCUGGAAAGGGUCGACCCGCGGCAGCAGGACCGCGUCCGACUCCCGGUGUGCAGGAACCUUUUCGGCACACCUGACCCGGCGGAGAUACUAGCUAGCGUAACGGCCAACUCCGAGGAUAACGCACGCUCCUUCGCGGAACGUUAUAACUUCGAUUUACUCAACGACGAGGCGCUCCCGGGUGUUUUCGAGUGGACGGAAGACCGGGACGCGCCGGAGUUUUACUCCCGACCGCCGCACAGGAAGCCGGAGCCGAGGAGGGACGAUUCCGGGGAGUCGCAACGGAGCCAAAACAGAGACUCUUCGAAGAAAAGACCGUCGGAUUCUACAGGUUCGCCGAGCGAGUUCCCGGCGAAGAGGUCGCAUUCCCGGGGAGACGACGACGACGAGCCGCCCCGAGACUCUGGAGCUCCGGUCCAAUAG